UUUUUAAUUUAAAUUUUUCAGAUUCUUUAACUUUUAAAAAAAAUCUUUAUCAAAAACAGAAUGCGUUUCUUCUACUUCCCCAUACUUUCUAUAAUUUCAAUCAUUUCAAUUCUUUUUUUUAUUAUUUCAAUUAUCUCAAUUUCAUCCGUUUCUGCUUUAACUUCUGUUUCUACAACGUCUAAAGCUUUGCCAGACAAAUUUCUCGGUUCUUGGACUGUAGAUCACAGCGAGAACUUUGAUGAAUAUUUGGAGGCAAAAGGUUAUGGCUGGUUUAUGCGCCAAAUGCACCUUUUAGCUGGAAUAACCAAAACAUUUACUAAAAAUGAUGAUGGAAGUUAUGGAUGCAAAAUUGAGACAACCAAAAAGAACGUUGAAUGGCCUAAAUUUAAUUUGGGAGAAGAAUUUACUGCGGAAUAUUUGGAUGAUUCUAUGCAUAAAGAUGCCUUAACUGAAGUUCACACUAAAGUUGAUGCUCCAAAUGAUCCAGCUGAUGUGUACGACUAUAUUAUUGAUGGGGAUGGAUGGCUAGUUAUGCAUAUGGAAUAUAAUGAUGUGAAAACAAAACGUUUUUACAAGAAAAUAUGA